AUGUCUUACGUGCCGGGCAGAUUCUACGGCACGAAACCCUGGGCGGCCUACGACGUGCUGCGAGACUCGGUGAUGCCCGAGAUACUGACGGGGAGUGCCUACAUGUCUCUUGCCCUGUACGUGGCCGCAUCCAUCGUCAACACGCUCAAGCCACAGCCCGAGUUCUCUGAAGAGUGGAUGCUCGCGCGUCAGUCGACAAACUAUCGGCUGUUGAGACAACUGCUGAGAAGCCAGCAGGGCUACCCCUGGGACUGGGCGAUAACAUGCGUGGUCGUUGCGGGCUACGCCGAUGCCAUGGCCGGGCAGGCCGAGAGGGGUCGUAAGCAUACAAAAGCCGGUCUCGACAUGCUCCAGGAUUUUCGAAACCUUCAGCGAAUGAGGCUCUCAUCGGGAUCCAUCGCCUUCAAAGCUUUCCUGCAAACCGGUGUCCCCAUGAUGUUUACGACCAGUGCUUCGCUUGAGACAGCAAUGUGCAACGUGUGCCAGAAUCUGCGACGGAUCCAAUCUUGGACCCGCAUCAGGCGGAACUCCCCUUGCUCCAGCACCCAUUGCCAGUAUCACUCCCUCGAGGUGGCUGCGAGUCACGAUUCUACGAAGGCCGCAGCCAGCUCUGGCGGACAGUGCCAUUACUGGGCGACACGAGAGCUUGCUCUAGGAUCGACGACGGCGAUGGGCCGCCUCCUGGCGCCCAAGUUGGUCAAAAUGCCCGUUUCGGACGAGAGGCUGUUGAUGGCAAGUAUCUAUGCUCUGAAUGGCGUCCUCUGUAACCUGCAAGAUGACGACAGCACGGCAGAGAGAUUCCUAGGCGAGAUUGGGGAGAUGAUCGCCAACAGUCUGGAGGAAGGCGUGGAUCUAAGUGUGCCCCCGCGAUUUGCCAUGCAGAAUUGCAUCCACAUCAUCAUCGCGUGCGCCGAGAGACACGGCUUGUGGCCCUAUCGCGGUCCCGCCCAGCCCCUGCCUGCGAUGCGCACGUGGGAGGCGCUCGAGUUCGUGGAGAUCAUGAUGCUGAUCCGCCCUGAGAAGCAGCACGAGAUAAUGGAUGCAAUGCGCCGUUGGCUCUGCUGGGAGUUGGAAUCCCACGAGACGACGGAAACUCUUCUCUUCGCGGACGAACGGGAGCUGGAAGAAUUCAAGCGUGAGAUUAUCGCCAACUGGGGAGAUCAGCAGCGGCAGAAGAAUCAGGAAAAGGAGAAGCAUGUGAGCGCGGAGUCGAGGGAAACGGACCCCAAGCCUUGA